UUGCCAUACUUGAGUAAAACUAACAGAAAAUGAAUUAAGGAAAUGGUAAAAUCACCCAGUAAAACACUAGUUUAAGCAAUCCAUGCAUUGUUUAAGAAAUUGCUAGCAAUGAAUAAAGUUGCUUAAUUUGAAUGUUAUGAAAUUCUCUUCCUGGUUAAAACAUGGCGGCUAAUCGAGCUUUGCUCCGGGGAGGCCCUCCACCACUUUCUGCUAAGGUUGAAGGCUCAUUUGCCUAUCUGACAGUGAGGGACAGGCUGCCAACCAUCCUCACAAGAGUCAUUGACACCAUCCAUCGCAACAAAAACAAAUUCUUUGAGGAGUUUGGCGAGGAUGGAGUCCAGGCGGAGAAGAGGACCAUUGGCUUACUGUCUAAAUUGAGGAAUGAGCUGCAAACAGACAAGCCCAUUCUGGCUCUGUGCGACGCCCUGGAGGACACCGAUGGCUGGAACCAGUACCUCCAGCGACAGCAGGGCCUGAUGGGUGACCAGGACUCUGUCAGCUGGUUCAAGUCCCCCUGGCUCUACGUAGAGAGCUACAUGUACCGCAGAAUACAGGAGGCCAUCUGGCUCAAUCCUCCCAUCAGCGACUUUGACGUGUUUAAUGAAAGCAAGACGCAGAGUUUCUUUAAGUCCCAGCAGGCUGUUAUUGCCCUGUGUACAUAUCUACAGGGCCUGAACAAGAACAUGGAUAACCUUUCAGAAAUGCAGCUCAUGGAUCAGUUUCACAAACUACUGCAGGUCUCUCUGUGGGGAAACAAGUGCGACCUGUCUAUCUCUGCUGGAAUGGAGAACUUUCAGAAGGCCAGUCCGAUAGACUCUCUGUCUGACCUGAAGCCCUUCAUCCUGGUGGAUGACUCUAGUAUGGUGUGGUCAGCUCUGACUUCCACCCGGAGACAAGGUGAGGACGGCAGAAUCACCCCGGGGAGGGUGGACAUCGUUCUGGACAACGCAGGCUUCGAGCUGGUAGCAGACCUGGUGCUGGCUGACUUCCUGGUGUCCUCUGGUCUGGCCAAAGAGGUGCGCUUCCAUGGCAAGUCCAUCCCAUGGUUUGUCUCUGACGUCACGGCACAGGACUUCCAGUGGUCCAUCCGGCAGACUCUGGCAGCCAAUCACAAGUGUAUGUCCAAGAGUGGCGUCCAGUGGCAGAGCUACAUGCGGGAGGGCGUGUGGUCCUAUCACGACCACCCGUUCUGGACGAUGCCCCACGAGUAUUGUGACAUGGCAGGCGACGCACCCGACCUCUACGCCACCCUGCAGGGGGCGGACUUGGUUCUGUUCAAAGGGGAUUUGAGCUACAGGAAGCUGACGGGGGACAGGGAGUGGGACCACACUGUGUCGUUUGAUAGGGCCCUGAGGGGUUUUCAGCCUGCCCCGCUGUGCAGUCUGAGGACUCUGAAGGCUAACGUCCAGGUGGGACUUCAGCCGGGCCAGGGGGAGAACCUCAGUGCCCUGGAUCCUGGCUGGAUGACCAGCGGGAAGUAUGCUGUGGUCCAGUUCUCCAGCCCACACAGGGAACAGUAGGGAGGCAUGCAGGAAGGGAUUUCAGUGUUCUGAGGAACUGGUGUUAUUGGAAUGAUGUUGGCAGGAGAAAGUAAGGAUGUGGGAAGUGGAGGAGUUUCAUGUAAACAUCAGCCUGAUUUAAAGAUAUGGAGGAUUUUGUUGUAACUUUUAAAACUUUAAACAACAGCCUUUUUGUUUCUCCAACAGAAGCAAAAAUAAUAAAAACAUUUUGACCUAGGAGACCGGGUGGGUGCAAUAAAUGAGCUGGAACAGAAAACCAGCAGGCUUCAAACCUAGGGUCAGAGUUGAACUGCCCUGGUCUAAGGUGUUUGAAUCCUGGUUGCUGCAUACUGACGGUGGCGGGUGGUUACAGCAGAGGGUGCCACAAAAAAACAAAUGGGUGGAUAUCAGACAGUGCUGCUAUAUCUCAUUUCCCUCAUGCAACUCUUUGGUGUGUUUAGUACAUGCACAAUUGUGUUUUUUGGCUGAGGAAUCCAUUCACCUCUAGCACGUGUGCUGUUUUUGCAAUCUCAAAGUAGUGCGGAAAGGAAAAUGGGAUACAAAUUGCAAUUUCGGUGUUUGCUUCUGCUAAAGAAACUUUCCACAAUAAAAGAGUUUUUUGUUUCACACACUGAAUACUCUCCUGUGUUGCUGUGGCAAUUCCAUCAUAUUUAAGCACAGGAAGACAGAGGGACUUUAAGUGAGUAUUUUAGAGGCUACUUAUAGACAAAAAAGGUUAUGUGAUUAUGAUCAACGGCUGGCCAGCAGUCUGUCCUCCUGACCAAACACAUGAUUAAUUUAUUCAACAAGUUACUUUGUCCAUUUAAAAAAAGAUUUACUGUUGUUUACCGUUGUAAAGACCAGUAUACUUUUUUGAUGUUAUUUAUUUGUACUUCAUGAAAUUGGGCUCUACAUCAACUCCAGUUUUUAUCUGUUUAUUUAGUAAAUUAAUUUUAUAUUCCAAGUGAAGAAUUGAAACAUCUUUGCCUGUUUUUUUUUUUUUUUCCAUAUUUUUUUUUUGGUCAACUCCCACAUGAAAGAUAAACAUAUUGCAUAUUAAAUAUUCAUUCUUGUUGGAUAUUUGAACUUGGUGUUUACAUGUUAGGUUGGUCAUAAUAGUUUACAGAAGUUUAACCAGCAGCAACAAAAAUGAGUAGGUACUUUUUCCAUAAUAUGCAAAAUCCUUUUUGCUUGAGCUUGGUAAAACAAAAUUGACAUAACUGAAAAGUUUGUGGUUGCUAGUAUUUUCUGGGUCUUAAUCAAAGUCAUUGGUUUCUUCUCAAUGUAUUUCAUGUGUUUUUGUUUGCAUGUGUCAGGGUUUGAACAGUGACUACUGUCCAGGAGUUGAACUGCAAGGUUAUUUACAAAUCAUAUAGAUAGAUCAUAAUCUUUCAGGCAGUGAAAUCACAUCUGUUUCAUUAAGAAUAGCUAUUCAUGUCUGACAGUAUAAAAUAUGUUGUUCACUUAUGUAAUCCAUCCCAGAAGAUUGUCCUGGAACUUAUCUGAAAUUACUGGAUUUUUCUCAUUGCUAAAAUCUGGAAAUGACUUCUCAUUUAUUAUAAUAAAAUUAUUGGUUUAAUAAAGAACUUCAAUAACUGGU